AUGCACGUCCAAUCGAAAAAACUCAUAAUCAAGUGGAUUCCCGGCGGACAGAGGGUUUCCAAGUUCAUCGGACGUAAAGUAGAGAAUUCAUUGAGACCCUAUGACGCUCGUAUAAUUAGAGGUUUGGAGUUGGAGCUUAAAAAGAUUGGAAAAGUGGAGAACUCAGCAACCAUGACCUAA